AUGUCUUCUUCGAGGUCUCUCCGGUCGUCAAUCUCGCCGUUCCGGUCACGAAGUUUGACGCCGGGACCACCACCUCCUGCUAAACGGCCAUCCAAGACGUCGUCUAAGCCGCCUACUUCAAAGCUUCCUUCAAAGCCUUCGAUUUCUCCGCCGAUUUCGACAACUCCGUCAACGCCGAGCUUUGACCGGCCCGAUUCGAGUAAAGCUAAAGAGAAUGUGACGGUUACUGUCAGGUUUCGGCCUCUCAGUGCUAGAGAGAUCAGCAAAGGAGAUGAAUUAGCUUGGUAUGCUGAUGGAGACUAUACGGUUCGAAAUGAGUACGAUCAGAACUCUGCCUAUGGUUUUGACAGAGUCUUUGGUCCAGCAACAACUACUCGCCAUGUUUAUGAUGUUGCAGCCCGACAUGUUGUUAGUGGUGCCAUGGAAGGAAUUAAUGGUACAGUAUUUGCAUAUGGUGUUACUAGUAGCGGGAAGACUCAUACGAUGCAUGGGGAGCAAAAGUCACCUGGAAUCAUUCCGUUGGCUGUGAAGGAUGUGUUCGGUAAUAUACAAGAGACACCAGGGCGAGAGUUUCUUCUUCGCGUUUCCUAUUUGGAAAUAUACAAUGAGGUUAUCAAUGACUUGCUUGAUCCAACAGGGCAGAAUUUAAGAAUACGAGAGGAUGCUCAGGGAACUUAUGUCGAGGGCAUCAAAGAGGAAGUUGUGCUCUCCCCUGCUCAUGCUCUUUCAUUGAUAGCAUCUGGGGAAGAGCAUAGGCAUGUGGGUUCUAAUAACUUCAAUUUACUCAGCAGUCGAAGCCACACUAUAUUUACUUUGACCAUUGAAAGCAGUCCACGUGGGGGAAAUCAAGCGGAAGAGGUGACCUUAUCACAGCUGCAUUUAAUUGACCUGGCAGGAUCUGAAAGUUCUAAAACGGAGACGAUUGGGUUGAGGAGGAAAGAGGGUUCCUACAUAAAUAAAAGCUUGCUUACUCUUGGCACUGUUAUAUCUAAACUAACUGAUGGAAAGGCUAGUCAUAUUCCUUUCCGAGAUUCAAAACUUACACGUUUGUUACAGUCGUCCCUUAGUGGUCACGGACGGGUUUCUCUUAUUUGCACUUUGACACCUGCCUCUAGCAAUACUGAAGAAACACACAACACACUGAAGUUUGCGCAUCGUAGUAAAUAUGUUGAAAUCAGGGCUUCUCAAAAUAAGAUUAUCGAUGAGAAGUCCCUCAUUAAAAAGUAUCAGAGGGAAAUUUCCACUUUAAAACAAGAGCUCCAGCAAUUAAAGCAUGGCAUGAUGGAGAAUCCAAACAUGAUGGCACCUAACCAAGAUGAUCUGGUCAAUUUGAAGCUCCAGUUGGAAGCUGGUCAGGUCAAAUUACAGUCAAGAUUGGAAGAGGAGGAACAAGCCAAAGCAGCUUUGAUGGGAAGGAUUCAAAAAUUGACUAAACUAAUCUUAGUUUCCACAAAAAAUACACUUCCACCAAAUAUUCCUGGAAAAUCUGGCCAUAGGCGGAGGCAUUCUUUUGCGGAAGAUGAGCUAGCCUACUUGCCAGAUAGAAAACGCGAAUACAUCAUUGAUGAUGAUGCUGGAAGCAUUGAUUCUGAAAUUCCGGCUGAUGGAAGGAGUGACAUUACUAAUCUUGAUGAGCUGGUUAAAGAUUUCAAAAGGAACAAGAGGCGUGGAAUGCUUGGCUGGUUUAAACUAAAAAAGCCAGAAAAUGCUCUUGGAUUGUCACUUGGUGUUGAUUAUGAGAGCUCUGCAAGUGAUUCACCUGCAUCUUCUUCAAAAUCAUCACAAAACAAAGUCAUGUUUAGUGAUGUGAAGGGUGGACAGAGGAAAUCAGUCAGUGGAAGUGGAGAUGAUCCAUCAGUUGUUGACUCAUUCCCGGAAAGAACCCAAGCAGGUGACUUGUUUAGUGCAACUGUUGGAGGUCGGCGUUUGCCUCCGAUAGUUUUGUUAGCUGGAAAAUUGUUAAUGUUGGUUGAAAAUAGACUGCAUGUUCUACUUCCUUCGUCUUCCCUUCCUACUCCUGCACACUCCCUGGUUUUCACUCCUAGACUUUAG